AUGGAAGAGGAGAAGCAGGUCAAGAAGAUCGUCCUCAGAAAUGUCUGAGGCCGCCUGAGAGACUAUCACGUCACGCACAUGCACAUCGGGGGGGAGCCGAUCAACGCAGUCGCGGUCAGAAGCGAGAUCGAUUGGCUAACUCGAACAUUCCUCAUUUGCCCGACGGACAAAGCGCCGCACACGCCGACAUUCGUCUGUACCAAUUUCAUCAGAAGAUUUGCGCUAAAGCGGCUCUCGGGUCCCGACUUUGUACCAACAACAGAGCAACCUACGCAGGCUGCAGCUUGGCUCAUGCAGGAGGCCUCGUCCUUUGCCCCCAACUCAUGCAUGGAGGACAAAACGCAGCUGCCGCACCUCAUGACGGUCUACAAGGUGCACAAUGAGUCCUUCAGAUGGAUAACCAACACAGCAGGAUCGGUGUUGGCACCAGUGGCGAAGAUUUGCGACUGCAUUUUGAAGCUACUAGCUAUCGAUGUGCAGACGUUCUGUGUGAAGAAGAGCAAGCUUGUGGAGCAGGAAAUCGGUGUCCGACCUAAUUUCUGGUGGCCAAUCUCCUCCAUCGGGGAAUUCGUGGCCAAUCUUCCGGAACGAGUCUACGCGAUAUACACGGGGGACAUCACAAGGUGCUUCGAGACGAUACCGACGGACGGCUCGGAGGAAGGAUUGAUUGAGGCUGUCAAAUUCUUCGUGGCAUGCGCGAUGGAAUGGAGGAGGGAGAGGACGACAAGGGACAUGGUUGCUAUCUCCAUCAGCGCGCGCGGGUCAAUGUUUCCCGACUGGGUCAGCUCGAUCCAAGAUAGGGAUCGGGAGAAACUGUACUUUGAUGAGCAGGGCAUCAUAGACGCUUGUGAAUGGCUCAUUUCGAACGGAUUAGUGCAGAUGGGCGACGACGUUUGGAAGCAAGUCCUCGGUAUCCCGAUGGGACUGGCCUGUUCACCCAUGCUGUGCGACGUGUACUACUUCAAAUACGAGUUCGGGCUUGUUACACAUCUGCUUGACAGGCAGGAUUGGCAGGCGGUGGAAUGCUUCCAGGAUACGUACAGUUGCCACGUCAGCAAGCCACGUCAGCAGGCGAUGUCAGCAUGCCAUGUCAGCAUGCCACGUCAGCAGUGUCAGCCAUGCCACGUCAGCAGCCGAUCAGUGCCACAUGAGCAGCAGUCAGUGCCAUGUCAGCAGCAGUCAGUGUCACGUCAACGGCAUAUGCCCAUGUUCACCCGAUCACAAACAGGUGACAUGGAGCAGAAGCAAGGAGAAACAACCGAGGCCUACGAGGCCCGCAUGCUGACCUUGAUGGCAGAAAUCAAGCAGUGGGUAGAAGCGGCCACAGCCGCACAGAAGAAAGAGGAGGAGGAGGUAGAGAAACAACGUCGUCUUGUGGAGAAACAACCCCUGCAGCAAGACAAAGUAUUAGUUCGAACUGGCGCCACCAUCUCCGCUGCAUCGCAGAAGAUCAGAAGGCCAUCGAACUUUGGUAUGCGCUCCGGAGGCGAUGAGAUCAGCCUAUGUUUUCUUCGGACCGUCGCAACGACCGAAUCUUCACCUAUGGACUUGUCUUCGGACACCCGCGUGGUGUGGUUGCUUGACGAGUUCGUUGAUGUCUUCGAGUCUCCUACUAAUGUGGUGCCGGAUCGACCGAUCUCCCAUGAGAUCAUUCUUGAGGCCGGUGUCGUGCCGCUGAAAGGAUGCAUCUAUCACAUGAGCAAGGAAGAGCUCGUGGUUCUCCGCGCGCAACUCGAUGAUUUCUUGGACAAGGGCUGGAUCUGCCCUAAUAGUUCACCUUACGGUGCGCCGGUUCUCUUCGUAAGGGAGCAGAACAAGGAUUUUCGCCUAUGCAUUGACUAUCGUAAGCUCAACAGGCAAACCGUCAAGAAUGCGGGGCCUCUUCCUUGUAUCGACGACCUUCUUGAGCGAUUGGGCGGCGCACAAUUUUUUUCGAAGUUGAAUUUGAAGUCGGACUCAUCAAAUUUCGAUACGCCCACAAGAUCGCUACAAAUCCGCGUUCAAAACGCGGUACAAACACUUGAGUGGGUUGUUAUGCCAUUUGGCCUCACCAAUGCCCCGAUGACUUUUCAAGUGGUGAUGACUAAUGAGUUCCGCGCGAUGUGGGACCGGUUUGUGCUAGUCUACUUGGGCGACAUUCUCGUGCGUCAAGAGUUGGAGUAUUUAGGCCACUUUGUCACACCAGAGGGCAUUGGUCCGUUAUCGGACAAGAUUCAAGCCGUCUGGAACUACAAAGAUGGCUGUCAGAUGGCGACUGCAGCUUGUCCUCCAGGGUUGAAGUACAACGCCGCAAAAUUCGUAGGCAGGGAAGACUGGGUUGCGGUUCUUCAAUUCUCAACCUCGAUUUGCGUGUUCGAAGUUAUCGUCUACGAAAUUGUGCCGACUUCGGAAGUCGGGCCGUGGACGUUCGAAAAGGUUAUGGGUUUACCGAUCACGGACGAAUUCGAUGAGCGAGUCGUCUUGAGCUUCCCGAAGAAAGCCAACAGACUUGAGAAACUGAUCUCCCUGGUUGUCGAUCCGAGUUCGCGGUACUUGUUUGUAAUUGGAAACCUCCGAAGUUCAUGGUUUGCGAGGUCCACAGAUUCGAUUUUCAUGUGGGACAUGGAUCAGUCGUGGGAAAAAGGUAUCCUGACCAGUCGGCAUCCCAUAACCAAGCUGGCAUUUCAUCCUCGGGAGCCACGCGUUCUUGCAACUGGCGGAACUCGCUGUCACAUCAGGGUGUGUGAGGGUGGAAAGUGGUCUGUUCUCCUGGACAAGUGUAAUGGAGGUGAGAUUACAUCUCUGCAGUUCUGCGACGAUCUGCAAAGGUCACUUCUUGUCUCAGGCUUUCGACACGGCGAUUUUUGGAUCUGGGACUACAAGGCGAAACAACGUGUUGCCCGGCUUGAAACUUGUAGACCUGUGAAGGCGCUAUUCCAUCCUACGCGGCCAUAUAUAUUCAGCGCGUCUAGGGCGGGAAUCAUCACAGCUUGGAAUGAUUCAAACUACCAACCAGUGCGGUUAUUGGACUGUGGCGAGAAAGAAGUGUGUAGCAUGGCGCUCUGUGGCAAUUCUAAUGAGCUCAUCCUUGUUGUUGGAGGCAAAGGAACAUUCCUCGUCAUGGAGGCAGAUCACCAUCACCAAGCAGUUCAUCCUCAGAAGAGAGUGAAAUUGGAAGAAGAAGAAGGGUGCAACAGGAAAGAAUUAGAGGCAAGCGUCCAAGCAUCCAAAGGAGCGAACCGAGAGGAGACUAGCACGCAAGCAGAAACGGUACAAGAACAUGAGACACAGGUGAGCGAGGUGGCAUUGGAGAUGGAGUCAGCGAAAGGAAGACCAAAACAACAAGAGUCAGUCCAUGCGAAAGCUGAGGGGACGAGUAGUAGUAGGAGGAUGUCUCAACCGUUUGAAACUGCCGUGCUCGGAUGGAUGCAAAUCGGAGCGACAACUGAGCUGAAAGAGAGACUUGAGCAAUCGCAAUCUGGACCAGAGGAUGAAGAGAACAACCUCGAAACUGACGUGAGUGAUCUGAUGGAGGAAACAUUGGCACCUGGUCGGAAAUCCGAGCAAUCUGGUGUAGAGAAGGGGAGGGACGAGCGCGAGCAGAUGGAUGACGAGAGAGUCGAGCACCUGGGAGGUGAGGUAAGGAAUGUGACAGAACAGAGCAACGGCAUCCACGGAAUGAAAAGUCAGGAUCCAUGUGGAUCAGAUCAUGAAAAAGAGAAUCAGAUGCGCACAGAGAUGAUUCGCCAUCCUGAGGAGGCCGUUGUGCACUAUAUAGGUAUAGGAGUGGCAAAUAAGGAGGCAUCAAAACGUCGGAUGGAAAGGAUGUUAAAGCGCCGAUUAAAGCGACACCGAUCAGAGGGCGAACAAAGCGAGGGAAUGCAUGUGGAGAGGAUAAAUCAGGUUGAGAAUCAGGAACUUCAACAUGCAAGCGAUCUGGGUCUGGGGGCAAGGGGGCAGGUCCCCGAAGCGAGAUUUGAGCGAUUGGGAACCGAGCAGGAAAAUGCCGACCAGAUGCAUGCAAAGAGGAUCAAGGAGCUGGAAAGGGAAGUCGGUAACCUGGCGAAAGAGAGCAAGAAGGUGAAGCGGAUUGAGAGCGAGGUGAGAAAUCUGAAAGCAGAGAGGAACAGACUGAAAGAGAGAUGUAAAGCGCAUGCAAAAAAAGAGCAAAUGCUUGCAGAGAGGGCUAAGAGGCUCGAGGCUGAAACAAGCAAUCUGAAAUUGGAGAGGGAAACAUUGACGCGAAGGUGUGAGGAAUCCGAGUCCACGAUUCACGGAUUGCAGGCCAAGUAUUGGGAACUGAUUGAGGAUAAGUUGGCGGAAAAGACGCAGUUUGAGAAAUCGAGGGCGAGGGUACAGGAAUUGGAACAGAGGUUGGAGAGAGAGGCGUGUGCACGGGAAGCAUUAGAGAGGUCUCUUGCACUGCGAGGUGGGAAUGAAAAGGAUCGUGUCGAUCGUUUGUGGGAGUUUUCCUCUGAGGAACUGCAGGCUGCGACCGGCAGAUUCAGUGAUAGGUGUAAGCUUGAGGAACGAUGUUACGGGUCUGUUUACGAGGGAAAGAUUGCGUCCAUUAUGAUAAAGAAGCUCAAGGCUGGUGAUAAGAUCGGGCAACAGCAUGGCAAGUUGACGGCGGAGAUGAUCGAUCGGUUGAAGUCUCUUCACCACCGGCACUUGCAGACAUUCCUUGGAGUGUGCUAUGACGAAAACUGUUUGGUGUAUGACCACCCGGCCAAUGGAAGCGUCAAAGGCAGCAUCUCCGGCACAGAGAUGUCAACAGGGAGAUCUCUGCCAUGGCAUGUACGGCUGCGAGUUAUGGCGGAGGUCGCGCAAGCCCUGCUCUUCCUUCACUCCAAUCAGUCGGCGGCUGGUGGUCCAAUCAUUCACCGCAACAUCAAGCCAGAAAACAUCUUUCUGGAUGCCAAAUUUUCAGCGAAAAUUGGUGAGCUCGAUGUGGCCUUGCUUGUCCCCGACCAAGCAUCCGAAAUGUGUCUGUCCACCUUAUCCAGUCUGCAAUACCUGGCGCCGGAAUUGGGUCGCCGUAAGGUCUUUGACGAGAAGACCGACAUUUACUCGUUUGGUGUCACCAUUCUCGAAAUGCUUUCCGGAAAUUUUGCAGAUGCAGUGGGAACCAUUGAAGAUGCCGUGAAAGAUGCGGCGACUUUCCCAAGUGCUCUGGAUGCAAAAGCAGGAAGUUGGGACGUUGAAUUGGCACUGCAGGCAGCGCAGCUGGGGCUGCGCUGUGUAAGCUUGGAUAGACAUGACCGGCCAAGCAUGAUGACCGGCGAAGGUGCUAUUCUACCCAUCUUGAGUGAAAUCGCUAGCAAAGUGUGAUUCACUGAACUCAGUGGAGGCCAUUGGUAGACACAACGGAACGAGUCACAUACCACACAGUGCAGGGGGAGGUAUAGCCUAGGUAUACCCUAGGUAUACCCUAGGGUAGGGUAUACCCUAGGUGGGAAUUGGCGGGUCAGUGUGGAGGUGGGGGUGUGUAGAUAGGGGGGAGGAGUAGUGAUUGAAGGAAGCGUUGAUCUGAUGUACACUUCUGAGAUUGUGUACAGUUUCUCUGAGUCAGACCUCCUUUCUGAUAUUUUGUGCUUUCUUUCUCAAAGAGUCUUGAUUCUUGAGAGUAUUGCUGGCAAANUGAUAUUUUGUGCUUUCUUUCUCAAAGAGUCUUGAUUCUUGAGAGUAUUGCUGGCAAAGUAGACCUCCUUUCUGAUAUUUUGUGCUUUCUUUCUCCAAGAGUCUUGAUUCUUGAGAGUAUUGCUGGCAAAGUAGAUUAUGUCGAUCUUGCUCGCACGAAGUAGUGAGAUAUGGUGGAAACUAGUUUCAAUGGAGAAAUCAUGAGCGGCAGGUGGUAGGCUGAUGAUGCUCUUGUGAAAGGCUAGGAGAUUUAUUUACGUUGCGAAGAUCAAAGGAGGGUUUCGAAUGGACCAUGAAGCAAUGCCAUGCCUAUUCCAGUCCGUGAGCCAGCUGGUGGCGGGAGGAAACAAGAAAAAAAAGCCGCGGCUCGAAACAGAGUGGAAAGAGAUCAGACAACACUGUGACGCCUCGUGUGUAAAUAGUCCACCUACUACUUGAAAAUAGCUGUCGCUACAAGGCUCGCCGGCUGGAAAGAGAGUGGAAAGAGAGCGGACAACACUGUGACGCCUUGUGUGUAAAUAGUCGACCUACUAGUAGGAAAUCGCUGUCGCUACAAUGCUCCUCAUUCAUUAGCACCUCCUCCUGCUCUUUUGAUUGACGACAAGGAUGUCCAAGAACAGUUUUGUAGGGUAUCAGGCACUGUAAUGGCCUCGUAAACCCGCAGUUCACCCGAAGCAGAGUAGGGCUCUCACAGGUUUUUACAUGGUUAGCGCUUUUCGAUCCGGGCAUGGGCCGGUAGUGAACGUUUUUUGCAGGCCUCUUUGAAAAGGCGCGGUUGCGGACUCACGGCGAGCCUUGGACGGUUUCUUUUUCGAGGUUAGCUUCAUCAACGUAGGCUCGUGUGAACUGGUGGUUUAAGUGGAGUUACCAUGUGUUGUGGACUGUUUGGGGUGUUUUCGAUCACACAGAAGCAACAGCCAUAAAUCUUUGGACUGUUCUCUCCUGUUGUCUUGUCUUGAGGGAAGGAAACUAUUUAGCACUUCAGUGGGACUUGUUUAGUGAGUUACAGAGCCACUUUUGCUCUCUAUAAUUGCCUUGUGCCAGAUGAUGGCGGUCGUUUGCAUCCCAGCCAUAAGCUGGCACCUACCAUGUUUGCCUGUGAAUCUACUAUAGCCGAACGUAUCACAUUUACCUGUGCAUCUCCUUUUCGUGGGGGCGAAGCCGUUAGGGUUAUUGUAUCUUUCUGAUUCUAUCAGGACUUGAAGAACUCCUCCAUCUGGCUAUCAAGACUGGGAUGGUGUCCAUGCGUAUCUGUUCUCCUCUGUGGCGCCAAUUUGUGUGCAAAGUUGCAAUCCAUAGUGCGAAAUCGCCUGAUCUUCCAUCUGUUACUUAGGCAAGUAAUUGAUUGCACAGUUUGUAUGCUGAGUAAGGUCAGUGAAUGUCAAAGUUGGCUGUGCCGAUGUAUGUCUGUGUAGUCAAGCUACAGAACUUC